CCGUCAGUUGGUGAUGACGCGGAGGAACAGGGCGUGGAUGAACUCAUGGAUGCUACCACGGACAGUACAGGUUUUCCCGCACCCUACUGGCAUGGUAAGAAUCUCCACUGCAGUCCCUUUUCUGUUGUACGCAUUUGCUUACUUGACACAAAUAUCCCGAUUCGCAGCCUUGAUGAUACCGCUCUUUCCUUGCUAGAUCUCAAAACCUCCUCCGAGGCUCAGGACCAGAAAAGAACAGCAAACAGCCCUCCCGUCUCCCCUCCAUCCUCCUCGGAUCUGAUGACGCUCCGAUCUCUCCUGGGACCUACUAUGUGCAACCGCUUGGCCAACUCUAUUCCCUAA